UCGUCGUCCUCUUCAGUUGGGUCCACGCGGUGAGAUCUGGUGGACCGGAGAGCGAGGCUGGCGAGCUUUUAAUACAAAAGCGUAACAUUGUGUAAUGCGUAACUCCUGUCAUUAUACUCUUAAAUAAACGUUUAUAAGAAACUCGAAGAUGGCGGAUUAUUUGAUUUGUGGAGGGACGAGCUACGUGCCCGAGGAUGGCAAUACCGGCGCCCAGUUGUUCGCCACAGGAGAAGGCCUCACCUACCAUGACUUCAUUAUCCUCCCUGGUUUCAUUGACUUCGCAGCUGAGGAAGUGGACUUGACAUCAGCAUUGACAAAGAAGGUCAGCCUCAAGGCCCCACUGGUGUCGUCUCCGAUGGAUACUGUUACCGAGUCAGAAAUGGCCAUCGCCAUGGCACUUUGUGGAGGCAUUGGCAUCAUCCACCACAACUGCUCCCCAGAGUUCCAAGCACAGGAAGUCAUGAAGGUCAAGAAAUACAAGCACGGAUUUAUCAGAGACCCUGUCUGUCUCACAUCCAACCAUAAGGUGUCAGAUGUGUUUGAUGUGAAGAAAAAGCACGGAUUUGGUGGUAUCCCGAUCACAGAAGAUGGCAAGAUGGGCACCAGAUUGAUUGGCAUUGUAACAUCCAGGGACAUAGACUUCAUGGAGCCAACCUCUGACAAGCUAUUGUCUGAGAUAAUGACCCAGUUUGAUGACCUUGUCACUGCUCCAGCGGGGGUCAGCCUUGACAAGGCAAAUGAGAUACUACAGCGAUCUAAAAAGGGUAAAUUACCAAUUACCAAUGAGCAAGGAGAACUUGUGGCUCUAAUAGCACGCACUGAUCUUAAAAAGUCGCGAAAUUUCCCAAACGCUUCGUAUGAUGCUAAUAACCAGCUUGUUGUUGGGGCGGCCAUUGGAACGAGAGACUCGGACAAACACAGACUCGAGUUACUGGUCAACGCAGGUGUCGAUGUUGUGGUCUUGGACUCUUCCCAAGGAAACUCCAUCUACCAGAUUAAUCUUAUUCGUUAUAUCAAAAAUAUCUAUCCUGAACUUCAAAUCAUCGGUGGCAACGUGGUGACAGCAGCCCAGGCCAAGAAUUUGAUCGACGCUGGUGUGGACGGUCUACGAGUGGGUAUGGGCUCGGGUUCCAUAUGCAUUACCCAAGAAGUGAUGGCUGUUGGCAGACCUCAGGCCACGGCAGUGUACAAGGUUGCAGAAUAUGCGCGGCGUUUCGGUGUGCCGGUCGUGGCGGACGGCGGAAUCUCUUCUGUUGGUCACAUCAUAAAGGCACUGUCUCUUGGGGCAUCUACAGUAAUGAUGGGGUCGAUGUUGGCCGGCACUUCGGAAGCUCCUGGUGAAUAUUUCUUCAGUAACGGCGUCCGCUUGAAAAAAUACCGAGGCAUGGGUUCACUCGAGGCCAUGGAGCGCAAGGAUACCCAGGGAGCAGCUGCUGAUCGCUACUUCCACGGGGAGGGCGAUGGCAUCAAAGUGGCCCAGGGGGUGAGUGGCUCCAUAGUAGACAAGGGCUCCAUCCUGCGCUUCCUGCCGUAUCUGGUCUGUGGGAUCCAGCACGGUUGUCAGGAUAUCGGCUCAAAGUCGUGUUCCAUGCUCAGAUCCAUGAUGUAUGCAGGUGAACUGAAGUUUGAAAAGCGCACAAUUUCAGCUCAGCGUGAAGGAAAUGUACAUAGCCUGUUUUCACACGAGAAGAGGCUCUUCUAGGCUCUUGAAGUAGGACAGUUAUGAUUUUAAAGCAGUUGUGCUCAUUUAUGUAUUACCAAAAGUUACAGUGAAUUUAUACUGUAUUAUCUAAUUCAGCUAACAAACUUGAGUAUGAUUUUUUUCAUGGCUUAGAUAGCAGUGUUCUGGAUGUAUGGAAACAUUAUAUAAAAUAGUGAAUUGGAUGUUAUGUGUUUAUUAGGCACAGCAUAUGGGUAAUGCAAGCAAUAUUAAUGUGUGUGUGGCAGAGGCUGUGAAAUGUAGAUUCAGGUAGUUGUUGACAAUUGCUGGCAGGAGCUACAUAGAUUACUGGGUCCUCGUUAGAGCUUGUUCUUCUGCGCCAUACUUAUCACAAGGUACAGUACAGUACAAGCAAUUUACUUCAUAAUAUAGAUUUUUAGAAUGUAAACAAUUGUACAAGAGAAGUCAGACUGAUUACUGUACAAUAAACUUCUGAUGAACACCCAUAUCAUGACUAAAUGUAUUUUAACCUCUUCUUCUGACUUACUAUUAUUGUUUUUUGAGAACUAAGGAACUAAACUGCUGCUCAAAAAUGUGACAUUCAAGAAGUGACAUUUGGUUUUUAGAAUUACCGUAAAGCCACAUAGUGUAGUGGGGAGAACUACACCAUUUCCUUUAUAGUCAUGUUAAUAUUUUACAAAAUGUAUUCAUUCCACUUCCCAUUUUUUUAAGAAUUUGUUUUCAGAUUUUUUUUUAUAUAUACUACUUAUGCAAAUAUUAAAAGUUAGUAUCAGAUAAAUUCACCGCUUCCAUACUGUGGGAUCUCCGUCACAGUCAACCUUUUUGUUCUGCUGUGACGCGACACAAUGAUGGAACUCGGCACUGACAUCCGGUCUAACACACACUUUUAUUCAGUACAGUAUUAUUUAUUGUCAGUGUUUGAUGUAUUUCCUUAAUCUAUUUGCUGUUAGUCUUCAAUAAUUAUUUUUCUAAGUCACAGGUGCCAAUUAUAUUGAAAAUAUUUGUAUCGAGAAUUCUGAAGAAUGGACUUCAUGCAAAGGUGAACUUUAGUAAUAAUUUAUUAAAUACUACCAGCUGUUUAUAAUGAAUUUAAUGUGUAUAUAGAACAAAGAUUUCUCAAAGUAUUAUAUUACUCUGUGAGGUUUGUUAUGUCAUUUGUCUACCGAGGAAUUUUAUUAUAUUCCUGGUACGUACGGAGGCCAUGCCAUCACACAAAAUAAUUCAAUCGUUGGACGAUGGAUGGCAGAAUAAUGGAGUGCUAUCAAAAAGUGUGAUAAAAGAACACAAAUAUCUCAGCUUUAUAAAUUUCUGCUUGACAAGGGUCCAAACUACAUAAAUAUUUUCUGAUACAUAGAUGAUAAAAUUAUCUUCCAUCUCAAAGUAGAGAGUAACAUUAGUAAUAAACCUUUGCCUCACUUAUAUAGGAUGUGGCAAACCAGAUCUGGGAAGACUUAAAAUUUUAAUCUUUCAUUCCUUUUUUAGGCUAAUUUGAAGUAAUGUUUUAUACAAGUCAUAAGUAAAAAAAAAAGAUGUGUAGUAAUUUGGGUGAGAAGAUGACCAAGUUUGCCCUUCUGAGCUAAGUAAGGUAGUGUAUUGAUGUAACUUGUUUUUUCCUUCAUAACAUUUUACAUUAUAAAGAAAAUUGUCUGCCAUGUUCAUUACUGAAUAAAUGAUCUGAUAUUAA